GCACGCGCCACAGCUGUGCGCGUGACGUGACGUGACGGUGUUUGUGUCGCUGCGUGAUUCAGAAGUGACGGGACGCUGAUGUGAUCCUGGUUUGAGGAACAGAAGUGUUCUGAGUGAGUCCCGUGCGGGGCUAAUUUACCUGCAGAGUGAUUGCGUCGGCUCAUUCUGUUGCCCUUCUGCGCCACGCGCGUUAUAUGCCCGCAGUGCAGAGUGACGUGCAGUGAUGUGACGCCAUCAGCGGAGCUCGACGGCUGGUGUGAGCGGUGAUGUGUUGACAGCGAGCGGUGCCAGUGACGGGCGAGCGCGCCGCUCCGAUCGGCUCGAUACCGGCUGUCUGGCCGUCUGGUGUGAAAGGAAGCGAGCGCCGGCCGCCGAGGGUCCAGUGGUGUCGAGCCCUCGCCGAAUCGCCGGGGCCAGUGGAAAUACAGCGGCGCCAGGCUCGGCCACCGGGCCGGGGCGAAGGCCGUCCUUCAGAGCCGGCGGCCAGGUGAAGGCCUCGGUCCCAGCUGACUCCGAGUCCCCGCUCCGCCAUGGCCCUGCGCGUGAGCAGCGCCUACUACCCGGCGGCGGGGGCCGACGCUGCCCCGUCGCCGCCGACGCGGGCGCUCAGCGACGACCAGCUGAGCUUCCAGCAGCGUCGGCAGCUGGUGGCCUCGUCACUGUCGUUCUCCGACCUGCUGAGCGGCCACAAACUGCGCGUGGCCGCCGCCGCCGCCGCCAAACGAGCCGAUACAGCGCGGAAGCAGAGUAACGGCACGAUGGGUCGCGACGGGCUCGGCUCCGGCUCGCGGACACCUCCCGUCGAACGGAGGCACAAGCUCUCCUCACUCGGCCGACUCUUCAAACCGUGGAAGUGGAAACGCAAGAAAAAGUCUGACAAGUUCACUGAAACACAACGCUCUUUGGAGAGAAAGAUCUCUGUCCGAGCGGCCCGUGAGGACCUGGUGAAAAAGGGCAUCCUACUACCGGAGACACCCACCACUCCUAGCGGACCCAUGGGAGAGGCGCCUGCCCUCGCGGCCACACCCGGGGCCAUUGAUUUCGGAGCGGCGCCGGUCGGCGCCAGACGGUCGGUGGUCGGACCGCGCCGCGAUGGCCGCCCGGUGAGCGCCCAGCCGGCCGCAGCACUGGACGCCAGGCAGGAGCGCAGGGCCGGCAUGUGUGACCGCGUCAGUAAGGCCGGACUCAUCUCGGCGGUGAAGACGCUGACGCGCCGGCCCGGCUCGCGCAAACGCUCCGGCAGCCGGGACAGCUCGCUGGAGAAGCCUCAUGACCAGGACGAGCAGCCAG